AGUGGUAAUUUUGUAUUUAUGCGCUCAGUUCUCUCCGCUGCUGCUCGCUUUCCAGUUUUGACUACGAUGUCCCCGAUAGCGGCCGUCCUCUCUCUCCGACCACCGCCUCCGGCCCUCUCCGCCGCCGCCGCCCUGAGGAGCAUCUCCACGACGUUGCUCUCCAUCCCCUUCCAAUCUCCCUUCGCUUUCUCCUCGCGGGUCCUCCUCCCUUCCCGCCUCCUCUCUCGCCGGCUCCCUGUCCGCGCUUACGCCGACGGCGGAAACGGAGCCGCCGACUCGAACCAGUUCGAUUUCGACCUGCUCACUAUCGGCGCCGGCAGCGGAGGCGUCCGCGCCUCGCGGUUCGCGGCGGCCUAUGGCGCCAAGGUGGCCAUCUGCGAGCUACCAUUCUCGACGAUGUCUGCGGACAAUGCCGGCGGGGUCGGAGGAACAUGCGUGCUUCGUGGGUGCAUCCCCAAGAAACUUUUGGUGUAUGCAUCCAACUAUUCUCACGAAUUUGAAGAGAGUCAUGGCUUUGGAUGGACCUAUGAAGCCGAUCCAAAACAUGACUGGAGUACACUUAUUGCUAACAAGAACGCAGAAUUACAACGUCUCACAGGAAUCUACAAAAAUAUCCUUCAAAAUGCUGGUGUCGCUCUAAUUGAAGGCCGUGGGAAGAUAGUUGAUCCACACACUGUUGAUGUCGAUGGGAAACGCUAUACAUCUAGGCAUAUACUUCUCUCAGUUGGUGGGCGCCCUAAUCUUCCUGAUAUUCCUGGAAUAGAAUAUGUUAUUGACUCAGAUGCUGCAUUAGACUUGCCUUUAAAACCAGAAAAGAUUGCAAUAGUAGGAGGUGGAUACAUUGCUUUAGAGUUUGCUGGUAUCUUCAGUGGAUUGAAAAGUGAAGUUCAUGUAUUUAUACGACAAAAGAAGGUGCUGAGGGGCUUUGAUGAGGAGAUUAGAGACUUUGUUUUGGAACAAAUGUCAUUGCGGGGCAUUGAGUUUCAUGUAGAGGAGACUCCUCAGUCAAUUCUUAAGUCAACGGAUGGAAAGUUAUCACUUAGAACUAACAAAGGAACAGUUGAUGGUUUUUCACAUAUAAUGUUUGCAACAGGUCGAAGACCAAAUACAAAGAACUUGGGACUGGAGGAUGUUGGAGUAGAAUUGGCUAAGAAUGGUGCCAUUCUGGUUGAUGAUUACUCUCAGACAUCAGUUGAUUCCAUCUGGGCAGUUGGAGACGCUACAGAUAGGUUAAAUUUAACUCCUGUUGCACUAAUGGAAGGAGGGGCAUUUGCUAAAACUGUCUUUCUUAAUCAACCAACAAAGCCAGAUUAUAGAGCUGUGCCUUCUGCUGUAUUCUGUCAACCUCCAAUUGGGCAAGUUGGUCUAACAGAAGAGCAGGCUAUCCAAGAGUAUGGUGAUGUUGAUAUUUAUACCGCCAACUUUAGGCCUCUUAAGGCUACCCUUUCUGGUCUGCCUGAUCGUGUGUUUAUGAAACUCAUUGUGUGUGCAAAUACAAAUAAAGUAUUAGGUGCUCACAUGUGUGGGGACAAUGCACCAGAGAUUAUACAGGGAAUUGGUAUUGCUGUAAAAGCUGGACUAACAAAAGUAGAUUUUGAUUUCACUGUUGGAGUUCACCCGACUUCUGCAGAGGAAUUUGUGACAAUGAGGAACCCAACUCGGAAGAUCCGGAAGGAGACAGUUCCAGCCGUGGAAAGGAGUGGUGACAAGAUAGAAUCAGCAGGAUAAGUAGCACAUCCACAUCAAGAGAAAUAAGAUCUUACCAUCACUAAAGGGAUUGGCUGUACAUAUGGGGCCUUUACUCAAUGGAGAUCCAGAUUUCUUCUACUCUAUACGGUGUCAACCAAUUCCACAUAUGAAACAUAUUUGGCUGUAAAUUUUUUUCUUCUUUUUGCAUUUUGCCGAAACAAAAUCUUUACUUGUACAUAUCUUAGACUAUAUAUGUUUCCUGUAGAGUUUUAAUUUUAAUUGUUGUUGUUCAUCAGUUUUGGAAGCCUAUUGUGUUCAUGUAUAAGGCAAUCCACACUGACAGAGAGAAACCAAACAAAUGAUUUUCAUGAGAUAAUUUUAUUUACUUCCCAGAUUUUUAGUGCUUUUUAAAA